CAACAAUAAUUUUAAAUUAAUUCUCAUUCAAUAAAAAAUGGUGAUAAUUUCACUUUCCCUGUCAAAAGAGGCAAAAGUUUUGGAAAAACAACUGGAAGAUAUUUUUAAUCGUUUAAAGGAUGAUGAAAAUUUUAACCAUAAGAAUUAUGCAUAUGAUAAAAAAAACAACACAUUGGUUUGUAGGAUUACUGGUAAAACUGUCCCACAUGACCUUGAAAAAAUCUUUGAUAUUGUAGAAAGUUCAUUCAACGAACACCAAAACAAAACUAAAGAAAAAAAUAUAAAAAAAGAAUAUAAUAAUUCAGAUACUGUUAAAAAAGUUCAAAAAAUAAUAAACAAAAAAAAUAUUAAAAUUGAAGAUAAAUUGGUCGAUGAACUUUGUAAUCAAAUAUUAUCAUCACUAUCAUCAAAUAGAACUGCUCCAAUUACUAGAAGUCAUAGCAAUAAAAAAGAUGAAGAUGAAGAGGUUGUUGCUAGCAAAAAAGUCACUAAAAAAAAUAAUACUACUGCCAAAGCAAAAAAUAAUAAUACUGCUAUAGCAAAAUAUAAAAAUUUAAUGACUGAUAAAUAUUAUACAGGGCUUUUUUCUGUUACUUUUGAUAAAAUAGAGAAUAUAGAUGACACCAUUAAAGAAUUAAAAGACGAGAUGGCAUUAAUAUUAAAAGAGCUAUCAGAGAAAAAAUAAAAGGAAAUAGAAAAAUUAUUUCUUCAGGUUCAUAAAAAUAAAUUUUAAAAAAAAGAAUAAUAUAAAAUUAUUAUUAAAAUAAUAAAUAAUAAUAAUCUUUUCAUUUUUAACAAUUCUUAUUAGAAAGAUUUUUGUUUUUAAUAAAUUUUUGUUUGAUAUUUUAAAUUUAUUUUUAUUU